UUCACUACAGACAUCGUACUAUACAGUCGCUGGUAACGGUAUCAAUAACGUUAUAAAUAACGAUACAAAUAACGAUAUUAUCAGGUAUUUCGUUAUGUGAUAGUGAAAGUGCUUUAAUUGUGCAUAAACUUGUGUUUGGUUUAAUAUAGUGAAAUGUAAAUGUGUGUUGUCGAUUGUUCCGAGCGCAGUCCUCGAAGUACCAGCUAACUAUGUGAAAAUGUGAAAAUGCUUCUCAACAUUUGUAAAUCCUGUCAGUACUGUUUGGAGACAAUGUACUGGAAAUGCUGCGAAGAAAGAUUUUGCUUCGACAAGAAAAUCGCAACUUAUAAGCUCGAAGAUGAUACUCUAUACACCAAUGGCUACGCGAACAUGGGAGCUAGUUUGGACAGUGUGAUCACACAGCAACCGAUAAACAAUAACCACCUCCCUCAACAGGCGAUUAUAAGCAGAGAGAUCAAUGAGUUGCCGUUACAUGCGGAUAAGUUGUAUGAGGUAUUCUCCAAAUCGCUGAUAUUCAGAGAUGAACAUGAAUUAAAGAAAGCUAGCACAAAUACGUUAGAUGAAUUGGAAACUAAAUCAGAACCAGAUUAUCUUUCGGACAAGCCAAAUAGAACAAAAGUGUAUUUCGAGGAUGAAGUCGAUUCACCCGUCACAGAUUUCGAAAUCAUGUUCAAAGAUGAGCUCUUGGCAACGUAUGACAUGUUUAAAAUCGAAGAGGAGGAAGAAGAUGCAAAGAGUCAAGACACUGAAGAAGGUUUAACUAUGAACGUAUCUGUGAAAAAGCAGGACGUGAUAAAACCGAGCACUGUCACAUUAAAGGAUGAAACGAAGAUAACAAAACAGACUCCAAUAUAUGAAUACGAUCCAGUUUCAGUACUGACUUUACCAACAACUCUUACGUUACCUAGAGUUGAAAGUGUGAAGGGGAUACUAAGAACAAACAGUGCUAAGACGUUAGACAGAAUUGAUAGUUCAAGCAAAUUAAGACCAACACUGAACAGAGUGGAAAGCUUAAAGAAUAUAGAUCCAAAUAAAAUCAACAAGCUGUUAGCAAGAGUUCCACAUAGAAGUGCGUCGUUCCUGAACAUUCCAGCUCAUUUAACACCCGAAAAACCACCGCUAAUGAAGAGCAAAUCAACAGUUGGGGUUCCGUCUUUAGCUGAAAGUGAAUUAAAAUUAAGUUCGCUACCAGAUACUCCUAUAAUAAGAAGCAAUAAUUUGCCAAGAUUCUUUGCGGAUACACCUCCUCCUAAAUCUGAGUAUAAAACAGAAACGAGCCUGGAAAGUAUUAAACAAAAGACGGCGUUAAUGUUCAAAGAGAAUGAUUUUAGUAUGCCUAGGUAUUACGGGACUGUAAAGGCGACGGAACUGUCAGUACAUGAAAGCAAGUCUAUGCCCGAUUUGAGAAAUCCACAUUCUACCGGUAAAGUGAGCAAGCGUUUAGUUAAAUUGCGAAGUAGGUUGAAGCCACUGGUUAUAAGAAAGAGCUCAGAGGAGAGACUUUAAGUAUUCAAUAAAUGCCAAUUACCUUCUCUGAAUUUUUAAGACAAAGAAUUUAGCGGGACAUUAAACAUAUUUGUUAAAACUGAAUUCAGAAUUCAAUUUGACUAAAAAAGUUUUACAGUAUUUUUGAUGGGACUAGUAUGACUGGCGUUAAUUUUAGCAAUAUACAGAUGUUUCAGCAUAGUUAAUAUGUAAUUAUAUGUGUUUCCAUAAAUGUUAUUAAAACAAUCAAGACCCCUAGCGAGUUAAUUGCCUUUCAGUUUUACUAUUUAUUUCUAAUGAAAUUAAAUUCAUGUGUUCAGUUCGACCACAAGCACAUGCUUUGGUUUUUAAUAUGACAUAUUUCUACUAAAUAUUGUACUUACUCCGACUAAAACAGUAUUUAUUGUAUUGCUCAAAUACCAUGUGAUUGUUAACUAAGAUAUGUAUAUCUUCAUAGUUGUAAUUUCUAGUCAUGUUAUAAUCGGUAUUAAAAAUAGGUUAACGUACUUAAUUUCUCGACUUCUGUAAAAUUGACAUAUAAAUAUAAAAGUUAAGUGUAUAUUGAAAUUGUUAAAAAUUCACAGAUCUGUUAUGAAUUGUGGUGAGAUUAAAAUAAUUAAUUUAUCA